UUAAAAUAAAAUAAUUUAGAUAAUAAGUAAGAUGGACAGAUUGGUGAAGGUAUCCUCUGGUGGGAAUGGGGGAAGGAAGGAAUUGAUAGAGAUAGAAGACUGAGACUUGGAUAUAUCUCUUACUGAUUCCUCUGAGUCGGUAUCUCAUUUGGAUAAUAGUUUAAAUAUGAAAAAUAACGAUUCUAAUGCAUCCAGUGAAGGUGAGAAACAUGCAAGUUCUGAAUUUUGAACUGGCUUGAAAAGAAAAGUUUCUAGUCGUAGUCGUCAUAGCGGAUUGAACAUUACUUCAAGUUGAUCUAAGGAUCAAAUGAAGCUUCAAAGAAUGAAUUGAUCUCAGCAAACAUCAGAAGACGUGUCUCAAAUAACAGAUUCUUCUCCAUCUGAAUUUGAAGGGAAAUAAGAUUCUGACUAAUGCUAUCCAAACAAUUAUUAUAACUAACAAGUUUAAGAAGUCUAAGCAUGUUGAUCAGCCAAAACAGAAGAUCAGUAUUAUAAAAGAUAAAAGGGAAAGACUAUUGAAAAAAUCAGGCCUCAAUCACAGCUGCAUAAAACCAACAUAUUUUACUAAAGUCCUUAGUAAGUUUAUAACACCACACCAGUAUUAAUUACAACAGAAAACCUACCAAAGAGAACACACAGAAAUACUACAACCCAGGUUCGAAAUAAUUCAAAACCUCUCAAAAUCCCUUAAACUAAUCUCCUCUAACCUUAACCUCUCCAAAUCCCCCCAAAUCCCCACUCCACCCCCUCCCCCCCUAACCUCCCUCUAGCCCACCCCCUCCCUCCACCCCCCUACUCCCCUCAAAAAUCCCUUCCUCCCCUCCCCACUCCCCAUUUCCAAAAUAAAAUUCCACUAUGACCUGCACACC